GAAAAUAACAUUGUAUAUAAGUGUCCCUGGUUUAUCAAUACAGCAAAAAGACGGCGUGUAUAUGAACAAAACUGUAACUCACAAUCCUGUCUCAAAAAGGUGCAGUUGUUUCAAACAAAGAUGUCGGUUGAAGGCUGUGGACGUUGUGGGAAAGUAUUCUUGAUUCUUAUCAACAUUUUAUUCUUUUUACUCGGAAUAACACUGAUGGUAGCUGGUAUUGUUUUGAAAUUGAACCAAAGUAACGAUGUUCUGCCUGCUUUGAGCAUACUUCAAGAGAACGCAACAACUUUAGAGCAGAUUAUGAGCAACAUCUCUCUGUUGGCGAUCGCCAUUGGAGUUCUGGUUGCCUGUGUGUCAGGUUUUGGGUUAUUUGGAGCAUUGUGUGAAGUCAGAUGCAUCCUUAUUACAUAUGCUGUGUUCGUUAUAAUUCUGUUAGCCAUGGAAAUUGCAGCAGUUGCGUUGGGAUUCAUGAUGAGAAACAAGAUAAAUGAAACAGUAAAAGAAGAGAUGCUAACGCUUUUAGAAGAAAACUAUGUCGACGACUCUCUAAACAGCAGUAAUCCAAUCUCCAAUAAAUGGAAUCUUUUGUUUUUAAAUUUUAAUUGCUGUGCAGUAAACCCUGUGACGGGAGUAAACAAUGACUUUGAUGAAACGCCGUGGUGUACAACUGAAGGUGAAUGCCAUGACGUCAAUGCGCAGAUCCCAAAGACAUGUUGUGUGGGCGUCAAUGCGAGUAACUUCGAAGAGAAAGCACAAUCGUCCUGUUUUAUCUAUCUUACCAGCGGCUUCAAAACGACGGGUUGUUUCGAUCGGAUUAAAGAGUUAAUCCAAGCAUACUCUGUUGUAGUGAUAGGAAUAUCACUAGCGAUCAUGAUCACUGAGAUUGUAGCAAUUGUGUUUGCCAUCAUCCUGUUCCGGCAGAUUCAUCUCCAGAAUAAGAUAAUAUGAUAUGAUUAGUAACAUGCAUGUCUUUUCGCAACAGUAAAAAUGCAUUAAAACCCUUCAAAUCACGUUGUAUCGUCUUUUUUCACAUUUAGGCGUUUUUGUUUCAUGUGAAAGCUAUAUUCAAACAUAACUGGCUAUAUUUUUUUUCGGGGGAAAAUUAUUUCAUUACAUAGUCGUUAAAUCUUCUUGAUUAUCUUGCUUUCGUAUAUUUUAAGAACAUAGAUUAGUUUUUUAAAAAGGUGGUUUUGUAUAUAAAUUAUCAGCGCAUUCUUUUUUUUUUAAUUUGUAGUCAUUACUUUUCUUGACAGUUAAUGGAUUUAAAAAAGGAAAUUUUUAUAGCAAAAUCAAACGGUAGUUUUGCACUUUAGAAAAAAAAAUUAUAUAAAGUCUUGUGCAGCUGUCAAUCCAAUAGAUUUGUCUUGUGCUUGCCUUAUUAUUUGAUUUAAUAAGAUUAAAUUGCGUGCAUUUUGAAAAAAACAUGAAGCUGGUCGGUUAUUUUUUUUUUUAUCAGAAUCAAUUUUUUAUUUGUUAUAUUUGAUAAUUGUGUAUUAUUUAUUUUAUUUUCAAGUUCUAUUUAUUUGGUCUCAGAUUAGAACUAUAAGAUGUUAAAAACAUAG